CUCGUCUUGUCUAAUCUUACCCAGCUCGCCUUCUCAAAAGGUUGUCCGUCGUGAAGGAAGGUCUCGCUAACUAUCAUGCAGUUCGACAAUCGCUUUAUCAAGCAAGGCCGCGAAGGUGGUAAGCAGGCGGCGCAAGCUCUGCUUCUCGCGGUAGCGAGGCUUUGUCCUAGCCUACCAUCUUCGUUCGAAAUUUUCUGCGACGUUCUGGUCAACAUUGCUGAGAUGGGCCGAGCCCUGCUGAAUGAUGGCAGCAUUGAUGACCCAGGUCUUUUCCAUGAAUUUGCUAUCGGAUUCACAGAGGCCAAGUCUUCUUUCAACUUUAUUGAUAUUGGCUUGGGCAAAGGAACACUGGUUCGCAAGAUUCAAGGUGCGUCCAACGGCUGGUGAAAUGGCCAGAGACACACUUGACUGACGUGCAUAGAAACGGCAAUGUGGCAUUUGGGAUGCUAUAACUGUAGGCACGUCAUGUUAGGCGUCGGCCAUAGUGCCCAAUAUGCUCCUUUUCUGCGCAGAGUUAACGAGGCCGGGGAUGCCAGAAUGUGCGUCUCCAUACUUCUGGGAGAGCCUAUAGUGCGCGAAAUCGAGGCCUGCGGCAACACUGUUUACGCGCUUGACGGCGAUAUCUUUCGCACGACCAAACUUGUGGAUAAGACUUUGAUAGAGAAACUGAGUGUCCAGCAUACCGAGGCGACCAAACCCCAGAGUUCACCGGUAGCUCGCGCAGCAACACAAGCAGUAUUGACGCCUGCUACGAGCACUUCAUCCAUGUCGCCUCCACAAACUUCCUGGGCCAAGAUCACGAAAAGCGCCAGUCCUCCCCCCAAACUGACCAUGCCCCUACCUCCUAAACAGGACAAGACCAAGCCCGCGAGCAAGACACCUCCUCAGCCAGCUUGGAGCCCUGGACCUCGGGGUCGCGAUCCUCCCAUCACGGUUGGUGUUCCAGCCAUGGAAGAUAUCAAGCGUCGUGAGGACACCGACAAACUGUGCAACAAUCACUUUCUCCGUGGGCCCUGUACCAGAAUAGGUGCUUGUACUUUCAACCAUACGUUCAAGCCGUCAAAAGAACAGUUAAAGGCACUCGCAAUGCUCGCCCGACAGAACCCCUGCAUUAACGGACAAGAUUGUGAUGUCAACGACUGCAUAUAUGGACAUAAUUGCCCCAAUGUAACCAAUGGUGUGUGCACUCGGUCGCAUUGCAGAUUUAAGGUCGACGGUCAUCCCCCGAAUACCAAGUUUACCAACAGCAAGAUACACGAAAACUGAUGAAUAGAUGCAUCAUGUGUAGCGUUUGCAACAGGUUGCAAGGCACUCGGUUGGCACAGUUUCGGACUUGAUCUGGUGUACACUAUAGUCACUUCGUUUCUCGAUCACACAAUUUUUAAUAUUCAUUAUACGAAGGGCUAGGAAGUUCUACUAUGUCUGUGACAGGCUUUUCUAUGGAAUGGGAUAACUGAGCUUCGAUAAAUUGAUUGACUUUAUCAUUCUUGUCAAGUUGCCGAUGUGUAUUUCUUCAUACUUGGUGAGGGCGCCCAGGCCCUCAUCCUGGUACAUCACUCAUUGACUGAACGGAGGGUCUAAUAUUCACCGUUAUGAAUGAUUCAUAUAUCUAGUUCAUAUCCCGACCUUGAUGUCCAUAGCCCUCUAAUUGCAGAUCUCAAGC